UAUCAGCCUCCAUACCUGAUACCAUGGCCCUCUCCAUAUGCCCACCUUGCUGUCAGCCUGGCUGCUGCAAGACCAUCUACUGCUGGACCACCUGCUGCCCACCCUGCUGCCCUGAUUCCGGCUGCCCUGAGUCCAUCUGCUGCCAGCCAUGCUGUCCUCCAAGUUGCAGCACACCCUGCUGCCAGUCCAGCAACAGCAGCAACAAAACUGUCAACACUUGCUCCAGAGGCCUCCAACCCACCAACCUGCUGUGAAAGCACCUGCUGCAAGACCAGCAGUUCCAAGCCAACUGGUGUGAGCAUCUGCUGCAGCACACCUUGUUGCCAGCCCUGCUGCUGUGAGCCCACCUGCUGCCAGCCAUGCUGCCAACCCUGCUCCUUAAAGAUCAGCUGUCACCCACCUUGCUGUGAAACCAGCAGCUGCAAGACUACCACUAGCAAAUCAAACUGUGUGAGCAUUAGUUGCAGCACACCCUGCUGCCAGCCCUGCUGCUGUGUGCCCUCCUGCUGCCAGCCAUGCUUCUUCCAGCUGUGCUGCCAACCAACUUGCUGUGAAGCCAGCAGCUGCAAGACCACCUCUUUCAAACCAGCCUGUGUGACCCUCAGCUGCUGCAAUCCCUGCUGCCAGUCCUGCUGCUGA